UCCCGGCGGGGCGGGCUUCCGGGGAGUCAGGUGACGGCUGCCGGAGCCAAGGCGAGCGCGGGCGGCCCGGGCCUCUCAGGAUUCCAGUUGGAAGAUUUUCUUGACUUUGGAUCUGGUUAACUCCUGAGAAUGGCAAGUAAAGGGCCCACAGCUUCCACAUCCACUGAGAACUCCAGUACUGGAGGCACGAGUGGCAGCAGCAGUAGUAAUGGUGCUGGGGACAAUACUAACCAGGACAGCACUUUUGAAUGCAACAUCUGUUUAGACACUGCCAAGGAUGCAGUUAUUAGCCUGUGUGGACACCUCUUCUGUUGGCCUUGUUUACACCAGUGGUUAGAAACCAGGCCAAAUAGGCAGGUGUGUCCAGUUUGUAAAGCAGGAAUCAGUCGAGAUAAAGUUAUUCCGUUGUAUGGCAGGGGAAGUACGGGACAACAGGAUCCAAGAGAGAAAACUCCACCACGACCCCAGGGACAGAGACCUGAACCAGAGAACAGAGGGGGAUUUCAAGGCUUUGGGUUUGGGGAUGGUGGCUUCCAGAUGUCAUUUGGAAUUGGGGCAUUUCCCUUUGGUAUAUUUGCCACAGCUUUCAACAUAAAUGAUGGGCGGCCUCCUCCAGCUGUUCCAGGGACUCCUCAAUAUGUGGAUGAACAGUUCCUCUCCCGCCUCUUCCUGUUUGUGGCACUGGUGAUAAUGUUCUGGCUGUUGAUUGCAUAACUGUGCUCUGUAUCUUGUGUAUUCAGGGUCAGCAGAGCCUCUGAACCAGUUACAAACUGCCCCAUCCCAUUUUAAACCUCUUGGUGUCUGGUUCCAUAUCUAAUCACGGGUUCCAGGGAUCAAUGGUGCCACAGUGCAAUGAGGAAUCUCACAUUUUCCACCAGAGCCUUGGAAUUAAAUAACGGUUAAAAAACGUGUCUCAGCUCAGCCGUCUCAUACAACAGGUAUCCAGCUACAACCAUGGGCCUAGCUUUAAGCAUCACUUUGAAAAGAGUGCUGCUUUGAAACCCUGUGCCAAUCAGCUAGGAGAGGUUUACAUGGAAGGCACUGGCACUGAGGCGGGGUGAGCAGGCAAGGACAGGAAAUGACUACAAUGUUAUCAGUAUCACUUGUUUAGCACCUCUGCAAGGGAAGAGAUGGUGCAGUUGGAGUUCGGGACAUUAUUUAGCCUCUAUAUCAAAAUCCAGUUUUCUUCGGGAAAUCCUUUACAGCACUAACGAGACUUCUUGGGCAGGACACCUGCCAAAAAUGAAACCAGCUUUGGAGACCACUGUUCUGUUCCUGCUACUACUUACCAGAGUUGUGAAAAACCCAUGGCAUUUGACUGGUUCUAAUGACUAUAACAGCAAGCGAUAAAUUCACACCGAAAAUUUUUAAAAUCUCAAUUUGCUGGGGACACAUGCUUGUAAAUUGUAUCAUUGUGGGGGUGGGUGGAGUCAUUAAACUACAAAACACCUAAUUUUCCUCGCACAGUGCAGUUUCUCAUUGAUAAAGCAGUGUUGUUUUCCUUGGGUUUGCGCAGCUGCCUUUGAUUUAACCUGUGAAUAGUUUACUUAUAAUUCUGUCAUGGUAGCUGCACUCAACCCUUCUCUGAAAUUUGGGACUCCCAGCAUUAUUGUGUACCUCUGCAUUAAAUCUUUUUACAGAUCUGAGAUCCACUUGUUGGGGGAAGGGCACAAAAGGGAGAUUUUAAAGUGUGUUUUGGGGUUGACAUAAGACUUGUCAAAUGCAUAAAAUUAUGUGAGGAAAUGAAAUUUUAUCUUUGCUGGCAGGUGCGACGGCAAGUAAGAGGUGGUAGAGUAUCAUUUGUGUAGGACUGUGUAGCUGCUCCAAGCCUAGAAAGAAAUAGCUGUGGUAUAAGAACUGUAGAUUUACCAAAGAUGCUAACUUGAAUUACAGGAUGAGAUCACAAAUAUUUGUGUAUUUCGGGGAGGAAGUUUUGGAAAGUGUGCAUACAAGUAUGAAAGACUCUGGAGCCUUUGUGGAAUUUUGAGUAAACAGCUUUAAAAAGUGUUGCUGAUGAAUCCUCCUGGAUCUGCAGUGCCUGAGAUAUGAGGGAUUCCUUAGCAAAAUUAAUACUGCUCUUGAUAUUUUUUUUUUUUUUUUUCAACUAGACACUUUCAAAAGGCUUUUCUUCUAUGGUUGUUUUGUUUUUGUUUUUUGUAAUGAUGUUUACUAGUGAUCUGAAUUAGUGAAAGUCAGAGACUGACCUCCUGCAAAGGUGAAUCUUGCAACAUCCUGGACAAUAUAUUAUGACGUUUAAUGAAACAAAUCAACACACAGAAAUGUGCUUCAGAAAUUAGACUUGUUCUCAUGUAUACAGAUGAACCUUGUGAGCAGGUUGUGUCUCAGCACUUGUCAUUAAAACUUACUUGUCUGGACACAAACGGUUCAACUGUAGUAUGAUAAAGGGGGGAUGAAAGAUUAAUGUACUUGUGCCCCCCCCAAAUGGACCUAGGCAAGCAGGAGUUUCCAAAGCUGGCUUCUGCAGUGUUUCACCUCAUCUAGUCAUAUACUUGAGCGCAGGAUAAUCUGGUAGUAACUCAGGUGAUGUUUGAACAGUGCGGUUGCUUGGAGGAAGCUUCAGAAGCUUUAUUUUUUCUACACUGAUGGCUUCUGAAGCAUAUAUUUAGGAAACUAGGAUCCUUUCUAGAGAAAAGGCAAUGUCAGCAACUAGCCACAGCAUGGAAAACUUCAGGCUUUGAUCUGUUUUAUUGAAGAGACAGCACCACCUGCUGGCAGAAAGAUAAUGUUGAUUUGCUAAUCAAGGAAAAGGCCUUUGUUUCCCUGCUUCCAUUAUUCUAAGAAACUGGGUGCUAUGAGAGAGGCUCAGGACUGAGUCUGGUACAAUGAUUAAUUGAUAACAGCCUUUAUCCUGUCAAGAUGACAGAAAUCCAACUGUAACAUGUUAAAAAAGGUAUUAAACCAGACUUAAUUACCUGUUACAUUUUAAAAUAUAGAAUUUUCAGCUUAUUUUGCCAGCUGUGGUUGGGAAGCAGGAGGGGUGCAGACUAAGGUGGCUGCAAAGACAGGAUGGAGAGUCCUUAUUUUUAUGGCAAUCCAAGAAACAAACUAGUCUGCAAGUGUUAAUGCUUUUGUUCCUAUCUUUUUCUUGGUGUGCUUUUUGUAUUGUACCAUUUCCCCUCCCCCGUAUUCAGACUGCACAUGGCCUAUAACGGCAUAUAUAGUGCAACACCAUUAUUAUUCACUAAUUUUCACUGUUGUGAAAGUGAUUUAGAAUAAAAAAUGGUUUUACAUUAA